AUGGAAUUAACAGUGGACAUGACGCCGAAUGUACCGAACUCGAAAUUUGGUAUAUUGGACAAAAACAGAAUAUACCUGUUACAAACGACGUCAUAUGAGUUGGCGGGCAAUGAUUUGUUUGUGACAGACGUGUUUGAUAAGCAACACGACAUUUACCAGAUUUUAAAAUCGACGGUUCACGUUGAUUUUGAUUCCUCUUCCCUUCAAUCUCGGUAUCGUGCUUCUCUCACCACCACCAGUACCACCCUCAAUUCGGCGUCGUUCCUUUCUUCUUCUUUUUCUGUUCUUCAUCCUCUCUGUUUUCUGAUAGAAAACGAGGGGGAUGUUUUGUGGACGCCUGAUACAAGAGAAAAGAAUGAGGAUGUUGCAGCCAGGGGGGUGAAGUUUAUGAAAUGGUUGUUGACUCGGGAAGAGAAGGAGAUUGCAGUAGUGACCCAUAGUGGUUUCUUGUUUCAUACACUUGCUGCAUAUGGAGAUGAUUGCCAUCCCACGUUGAAGAAGGAAAUGUCUAAACACUUCAACAACUGUGAGCUUCGUUCUAUGGUCAUCAUUGAUAGAAGCAUGUUAGGAUCAAACGCUUCAAAAACAGACUUUCCUGGCAAAAUUCCUAGCGGUACUGAUGUCCCUAGUGAUGUUGUUUAGUAGUACCGUCCCCUUGGCUGCAUUUGGUAUUUCAUUUUUUUUAUGCAAAUUAAAAAAAUUAGAUGCUAGGCAGGAAGGAUUACAGAAAAAUCAAAAGAGAUAUACGAUUGAUGUCUAGUGAAGUUGUUACUAUUAUCCUCUAUGUCUAUAUACUCGGUAUCAUGUUAGACUUGAACAAUGUUUUGUAUUUAAUAAAAUGCUUGAUUAUGGUUCUGUUUUAGUUCA